AUGGCCGAAGCAACUGCAGCAGCUUUGGUACCACUGAACCAAGGAUCGGUCGACAGGCCAGUUCGCCGGACACUAGCCAGUGCAGCCAAUCUAGCUAACCUUCUCCCAACCGGAACAGUCCUAACGUUUCAAAUCUUCUCACCAUGUUUCUCCAACAAUGGCCUCUGCAACCUCUCAAACAAGUACCUCACUGCGUGUUUAAUUGUCGUUUGUGCCUUCUUUUGCUUUCUUUCGUCAUUUACGGAUAGCUUUGUGGACGAGGGUGGGAAACUACGUUACGGUAUGGCCACACUCAGAGGAUUCUACGUCUUCAACUGUGAUUAUGAGGAGGAACAGUACGAGAUGAAGAAUAAUGAUCAGUUGGAGAAAUAUAAGCUUCGUUUGAUUGACUUGGUUCAUGGUUUUGUGUCCCUAGUUUUGUUCUUGGUGUUCGCUGUUAGUGACUCCAAUGUUAAAAAUUGUUACUUUUCUGAAGCUGGGAGUGAUUGGAAUGCUUUGAUUAUGAAUUUGCCGAUUGGAGCUGGGGCUUUGUCAGGCUUUUUGUUCACCAUAUUUCCCACUACUCGUAGAGGGAUUGGCUAUGCAGAUGUGACUCACCGUGCAUGA